UAUUCUUGAACCUUCUUCAGUUAAACAUGAAGUUAUUGUGGUUACUGUGGUUAUUUGUGGUUUUGCCAGCGAUUUCAGGACAAUCUGGCUUUGGAAGGUCGUAUCUAAAGAACUCACGAUUGUGUCACCAAUGGACCUGCAUCAACACCAAACUGGGUUUCCCGGAUUCCCUGCCCCUUAAAGAAGAAAGCGUGGCAGCAUUGCGAAGAGUGUUACCAGAAGGACCCUGGCAGGAUGUGGUGGACAAAGUUUUGGAUAACUGCUAUGGAAACAGGACUAGAAGGUUCACUAACACGUGCCCAGGACAGGCGCUUAUGCAUUGUGUGGUUGAUCAGAUGAUUGAUUCUUGUCCAGAAAGCAGUUUAAGAAAGGAAGAUGCUUGCUCCCCUGUUUCAUCUCUAGCUGGCUUAAAAUAUAUGUUUUCACAAAGCCGCUACGAUGAUUUGGAAAAGAAUUUGCCAAAAGAGCAUCGGCCAUCUUGGUUUUUGAAAAACUACUUCGACUCAAAAUGCUGCGAUCUACCCGUGAUAUUCAACACGACAGUGCUGGAGGAGUGUGGCUUUACCUCUUUCAUGAACUACGUUGAUCACGGCCCUUCGUCCCAAGGUGUGCAAGUGGUCCACUUUCAGGCAUCUACAAGCACUCCUGCGCCGACGUUAUCUGCUCCAACAACUGAAUCAAUUUACGAACGUAAGGCAACAAUCGCAAGUUGGACCCACAAACCUAUUCACGAUGAACUCUUUUCGCUGGAACUUACUAGUCCUCUGGACUGCUGCGAAAUGAACAAGUUCAUUGAUCCCUCUUCGCAAGCUGAAUGUGACUUCCACCUCAAUUGGGCAGGUCAGGAUAGGCUGGUCAUCUCCAGUUCGUCUCCUGUCACAGAAGCUCCUACUAGUACUACUACUGAGAAAACUGAUGCUGUAAAAGAUCUGAUGCUUGUUCCUCAUUCGUGCGAAAAAGAAACCUGCGUCUUCCAAAGACAAGGCAUCAUUGGGGAAUCAGGUGAAUUUGACAUUGAUGCCUACAUGAAGAUGCUACAUAACUUCACUAACGCCCAUCCAGCGUGGACGAAGGCUCAGGCUAGGGUGCUCACCAAAUGUCUGGUCAAACCAGUUGAUAGGAACUAUGGAGCUGAGUGUGAGAUCAACAAUGUUCUUGCUUGCACUUUUGAUGUACUGACUGAGAACUGCCCGUAUAAGAGGAAGUCAAAUGUUUGCAAACAUGGCAGUCAUGAUACCGGGUGCCAGAUUAGCUCCUCUAAAUAUAGACCUAAAAACCGUCGUGAGAUUUGUCUGCUACCUGAGUUGAUUCACCACGACCACCUCUCGGAAUGUGGACUGCAGUCUCUGUACAGAGUAGAGCACGUGCCUGCUCCACCUAAAAUUAGGAAGCAAGGAUGGUCUGCCUCUAAAUUCACAUGCACAGAAUCUAAAGCCCCAACCACCUGCAUGAUGAACAAAAUGGGCAUACUGAACAAGUACAAUUUCAUGGAUUACUUCAAGAUGAAGGACAGGAUCCGUCAGUUUACUCAGCAGACAGAAUGGGCGGCACUGCAGGAAAUCUAUAUGAGUGCGUUUAUUAAUACCCCGAUGUAUCAAGGACAUUGUAACUCUGAGAGGAAGCUGUUGAAUGUGGUGGAUGCUAUGCUUAUGACUUGUCCUAUCUCAAAGAGGAAAGACACGCCACAAUGCACCAAAUUGUUCUCAGACAUGAAAAACACAGCCCCAGUCGACAAGCAAAACGUAACACAGGAGAAAAUGGACGAAAUCAUGAAACAUUACCAUCACGUCUUCAUGCCGCCUCAACCAACCGCAAAACCCAACUUAGUCAUAAGGAAGAAACACGAAAAGACCUUAAAGACCCCAGUCUUCGAAUACGGUCUACUAAAUUCCAAAGAAGCUCCCCCAGUCAAAGUUAUUAGUGUCAAACCUGAGACAACAGUCAAAAGACCUUUGAUCCUUCAACCUGUGUAUUUACGUCCUAAUUAUGGACAUGUACCAAUGUUCGUGCCUCAGUAUGUUCGCCAAGGUACGUCGGUACAACGUCCCAAUGUGUCCCAAGUACCUGUGUACAAGCCUGUGGCUCAGGUUUUGUACCCACGACCCGUUACUUCCCAAAUAGUGUACCAGAGUCCUUUGAGUCAGUUCCCAGUGAGAGAUGGGGUUUUUCGAGGUAGUCCGUUUUGGCUUCAUGAGCAGAUUGCUAAGGCCCAUUUAAGUACCAGCACUCCAAGUCCUGAUUUCUCAGUGACCAUGCCUCAAGUGUAUGAGACUAGUCCCGAACCUAUAGCUACUGCUUUACCGCCAAAAAUUGAGAAGAAACUUCCGAUAGGAAUGUUGCCCCAUAAGUAGAAAUUGAAGGGAAAAAGAAAGAAAGGAAAAUGCAGGUAAGUCUUAGAACAUGCCUACAUAAGUUUAAUUGAACUAAGAUUAUUUUUUGUUGCGCUUACGCAAGCUUUAUGUAUUUAGUUGAAGUAAAAGUACAGACGUGAACAUAACGGCUAAAAUCAGUUUGAUAUAAGUCAUUAAAGGUAACCAAUUGAUGAUAUGACACAGUGGGAGUCAAGAUUGGGUUCAAUAAAAAACAAGUUUGAAGCAAUAUGAAAAAAAUAUUUAAUACAAUCAUAAUAUAUGUACUGUCUGAGUAACUAUUGUACUUAAAAUAUUUCUUAUUACACUAUCAUAGCUAUAAGUAAUUGUUUCAUUUAUAAUUUUCACCGAAAUCGUCAGUCUUAAUAAAUAAUUUUAAAGAAAUUGACCAGUGUUUUUUAUUUUAUAAUUU